AUGCUCCUGCUGGCCGUGGCCGACCCCGCCGCCUCCUCCGCAGCAGCCGCCAUGGAGCCCCCCGGCCCGGCGCUCGUCAUCCGCAUCCGCAUCCCCGACGGCGGCGCCGUAGACUGGAGCGUCCACCCCGCCCCGCAGCUCCUCUUCAGGGACGUCCUGGAUGUGAUUGGUCAAGUUUUGCCCGAUGCAACGACGACAGCUUUCGAAUAUGAAGAUGAGGAUGGCGACCGGAUUACUGUUCGCAGCGAUGAAGAAAUGAAGGCCAUGCUGUCCUAUUAUUACACCACGGUGAUGGAGCAGCAAGUCAAUGGCCAGUUAGUGCUGCCUCUGCAGAUCUACCCAAGAGCCUGCAAGCCUCCUGGGAAACGGAACAUACAUGGCCUGAAGGUAAAUACGCGAGCUGGGUCGGCUACCAAUAGCACAACGGCCGUCCCGGAUUCCCUUCCGAGCAAUAGUUUGAAGAAGUCCUCUGCAGAACUGAAGAAAAUACUAGCGAAUGGCCAGAUAAAUGAACAAGACAUACGGUAUCGAGACAUCCUCGGUCACGGCAACGGCGGGACAGUCUACAAAGCAAGCCACGCCCUCAAUGGGAAAAUAUUGGCAGUAAAGGUGAUCCCUUUAGAUAUUACACUGGAACUGCAGAAACAGAUCAUGUCGGAACUAGAAAUUCUUUACAAGUGUGAUUCAUCCUAUAUCAUAGGCUUUUACGGUGCCUUUUUUGUAGAAAACAGGAUUUCCAUUUGUACUGAAUUCAUGGAUGGAGGUUCCUUGGAUGUGUAUAGGAAGAUUCCAGAACAUGUGCUUGGAAGAAUUGCUGUAGCUGUUGUUAAAGGUCUGACGUAUUUGUGGAGCUUAAAGAUUUUACACAGAGAUGUGAAGCCUUCAAAUAUGCUGGUGAAUACGAGAGGCCAGGUCAAGCUGUGUGAUUUUGGGGUUAGCACACAGCUGGUGAAUUCCAUCGCCAAGACGUACGUCGGGACAAAUGCUUAUAUGGCGCCGGAACGAAUUUCAGGAGAGCAGUAUGGCAUUCAUUCUGACGUUUGGAGUCUAGGGAUUUCCUUCAUGGAGCUUGCUCUCGGGAGGUUCCCGUAUCCUCAGAUUCAGAAAAACCAGGGAUCUUUAAUGCCUCUCCAGUUACUCCAGUGCAUUGUUGAUGAGGAAUCGCCCGUCCUUCCGGUUGGGGAGUUCUCCGAGCCGUUUGUACACUUCAUCACUCAAUGCAUGAGAAAACAACCCAAGGAACGCCCGGCUCCAGAAGAGUUAAUGGGCCACCUCUUCAUUGUCCAGUAUAACGACGGGAAUUCCGAGGUCGUCUCCAUGUGGGUGUGCCGGAUGUUGGAAGAGAGGCGGGCGCAGCAGCAGGGGUCUCAGCAGACAGGAGAAAUGUGAACAUUCCAGAUGACGGAGACCGGUGCUAGCCCGAGUCCACAAGGACGACAGUACUUCGGCGGCAGCCUCAGCACGUUUACAGUGUGUCCACAGACAGCAUUUGGGUACACAUGGCGGUGGUUCCGUACUCGGCAAUGAUUCUUCUGCAGACUCGUACCCACCUGCUAUGACGGCGGCCCGUUAUGCUACAAGCUGCAACCCCGAAGACAAUAUUAUUAUUAUAUAUUUUAUUAAACUUCCUGUAUAUUUCUUGGAUUCAGAGUAUUUUAUAUACUUUUUUGUUAUCUUACUAGCUUUGGGGGCAGCGUGGGCCGAUCCCUGCCUAAUAAUUUAAAAAUUAUUUUCGGACUGUGGACCGAAGGAUGCGUCCGCCUUGGCUUUUCGUUUUAGAGGUCGGUAUAAAAUGAAAGUUGGCCAGCUGUACGAAAUCGGGCAACAGUGAACUUAAACGAAUAAAAUACUCUCACAAGUACACAGUCAACAGA